AUGGAUACUUAUGAGGUCAAAAAAGCAAGAUGCUCCUUUGAUGUAUGUAAGUGUGCAAUUAUAGAUGUUAGGAAUGAAAACUUCACCGAAGGUCAAAUAAGUAAUAAGGAUGUAGUAACUUUGACACCUGAUGUGUAUAACAAAUAUAACUUAAUGCAAAUAAGAGAAAAAGUAGAUAAGUACGGUACACAAAACAAAUUUUUGUUGGUAAAAGAUGUGUGGGAUUUUGAUAACAUAGGUGUCACUAAAGAUAUUGCUUACCAAUCUGAUCUGAGUAAUUUAGAAAAUUCAAUCUUAACUGAUAAGAAUAAUAAAAACGAUAAUAUAAGUUUUCCUUAUGAAGAUACAACUUGGAGAAUAAAGAAAGUUGUAAAAUAUUUAUCAUGUGCCGAUUGUGAUAAGGGCCCGAUUGGAUUUAUUGCACAAGUAGAAGAUAGUAAUAAUAAAGCAUUACAGCAUAAUGUUCAUUUUCUGAGCUUACAUAGUAUAGAUUUAUGA